GUCCCCCAUUCUGACCCAUCCCGUCGCCGACGCCCUAAACCCCCCAAGAAACACCACGCCUCGCCGCCGGCGACCCACCGGAGAGCGAGCGGGCAAAGCCUCGCUCGCCGCCCGCCCCCAUGGCGUCCCGCCGGUCGCUCCACCUCCUCACGGCUUCCCGCGGCAUCUCCUCGACCCCGCACCUCGCCUCCCUCGGCUGGUUCGACAAGAUCAAGAGCACUUUCACCGGCAAGAAGCCCGACGACGAGGGCGUCGACCCAGCCGCCGCCGCCGCCAACUUCACCCUAAUCCAGUUCGCGGAUUCGAUGGAGAAGGCGAGGAAGCUGGGGACGUUCAAGAACUUCGUCAUGGGGCGGUCCAGCGAGGCCACCGUCGUCAACGCCUUCGAGAAGCACUCCACCGUCCUCCGCUACCUCGGCGCCAUCGACCCCACCGGCGAGAAGCUCCAAAACAGCGACAAGAUUAAUGCCACCAAGCACUGCAACUGCACGAUUGCGGAUGUGGAGCACAUACUGGCCAAGUAUACAUGGGCUAAAGAGGCCCAGAAGAAGAUAGUAAAGCUGAAGGAAGAAGGGAAGCCAUUGCCGAAGUCGUUCAAUGAGGUGCAAAACCUAAUGGGCUCCACACCAUUGGAAGUUGGCAGAUCUAAUCUUGCAAAGAGUGGACAGAUCAGUAGAAAUGCUCUGUGCCCAUGUGGUUCUAAGAAACGAUAUAAAAGGUGCUGUGGAGCAUCUUGAGGUGAAGACCAUGUUUUCCUCGUGGUGACUGGAGAAGCAUUUUGAUUCGCUAUAAUCAAGAAGAGCUUCCUCAUUUCUUUAUCAUUGGAGCAGCAAGCCCUGUUUCAGCGGCAGCAAUGCACAUCAUCCUGCCACAAACCUGACUUUCAAACUUGUAAAGCACCAUAAGUGAGGUUUGCAUGACCGAAGGAAAGUUUUUGCCAAAAUUUGCUUCACAACUAGGUCAGCUUUGUUGUUACAUUUCCAUCGCAUUCGGCGUACAAGCCUGAACAUUGUUUCAGAUGUCCGCUGUUCAAAAUUUUAUGUUUCUGGUACAUUGAGAAGUCGUGAGAUGCACCAUGCACGAUGUAUCCUGAAUAAAAUUGCCAGAUCUUUGCAAUUGAAAAGUUAA